AUGGCGGAGCAGGGCAUGGAGGAGGCCAGUGCAGAGUACAGUAGGACACUGGCUGAAAACCAGAAAGCCCUUCAAGACCUGGAGGAACUCCGAAGCCAGGCUGUGGGACGGAAAGCGGCCCCACAGAGCAACUGGAUCCUAGAAAUUCCAGGUGGCGACAGAGUGGCAGAGGCUGAGUGCCCGGCCAGACCCGCAAAAAAGGUCAGGUUUGGAGACUGUGAAGUCUCCUCCAGACCCAAAAGACAGCGGGAGGAGGAAAGGGGAAAACCGACUCCAGGUCCAUCAAGGGAGAUCGGAAUCCCCGCACCUAUGCCACUCAGAAGCACAGGUAUAGAGAUGUGCCGCGGGAGGAACAUGCGACCCGAAUCCGAAGAGGAGGAAGAGAGCGAGUUCACCCUGGUACAAGGUAGGAGGAAGAAGAGGAGGGCGAGGAAGAGGAAGAAGCAAAAGACCUCCACUCCAGUAGAGGGCCGGAAAGAGAAAGGCAAUGAGAGGCAGCCCAGCCACAGCGACCUGCUCAACGGGCUGGUGGAGAUGGUUGAGCGGAAGCUGCUCUCGGAGCAGGACCCCCUGAGAGCAUCGAAGGCUAAGGAAACAUAUGUCACUAUCAAGGGUCAGGAAGGGUGGAACCCGAGGGACAUAUGGAAAUUGCUCCCCGAAGACAUAAGGGGAGAGGCCCAGAUGGACGUCGACGUGGUUAAGGUCACGUAUAAGAAGGACGUCCUCGUAAGAACAAAGGGCCCAGAAGAAGCCAAGAGGCUCAUAGGGUGGGACAGGCUCCGGGAAAAAGGCCUGACGGCACAGCUGGCCAACAAAAGGAAGCCCCGAUUAGAAAUAAUGCGGGUGCCUUCCGAGUGGUCAGCUGAGAUGCUGGAGCAGGAUUAUAAUGUUAGAGACAGGUUACCAAAAAGAGGAUUUGCUUCAAUCAUGCCAGAUAGACCCUUAGAAACUGCUAUCCGUUCCAAACUGUUGGAUAAAUUGGUGCCCUCACAUUUGGAAGUGAUUAACGAGUCUUAUAUGCAUAAUGUUCCAGCUUCUGCUGAGACGCACUUCAAAGUAGUUGUAGUUUCUGAGAAAUUCGAUAACGUUCCACUGAUUCAGGCUAAAACUCCAGCUCAAUGGGAGAAAAGUGAUAAAACAGUUACUCCAAGUCCUAAUUGCAGAGGUGGUUUUGGAAAAUAA